CUCAUCGCCAGAUCAUCCUCAAAAAACAGAUGCUACAAACCAGUUCGCAAGCAAAGCGCAUGCAACAACAAAACAAUCGCGCGUUUAGCAUCCGUCCGCGCGGUUUCUCAAUAGUUUCCCUAUGUAAAUAUGCAUUAGACUGACGUUUUUGACCGUUGAAAAGGUUGAAGAUAUUUUUUGGACGCCGUCUCAAGUUAAAAAUAACUACCACUGUUAAAAACGCGUCUCGAGACACCUCAAAUACACCUGCCACGCUGUUGUGAUCGCAACCGUUCUGCUUUAAUGGGACUUUGAACGCAUCAGUGGUUUCAACCCAACAAAAAACAGAAUGUCCCUUUAACGAAAGCGCGUGGUUCCCUUUUGUUUUAUUUGUUUUGUUUUUUCCCCGGGAACGUUCUUAACGUUUUAGGAACGUUCUUUUUAGGUUUUAUUUUUAAUAACCAUAAACUAACCUUCCCAGAACGUCCUGGGAACCAAAAAUUGUUAAUAAGCGCUAUCGAUCGCGCCCGUUCUGAAUGCGUAACCAAUUAAGACGCUUUUGUUUUUUGAAAGCCAACAGAACUGCUGAAGGCAAGGACUGGUGUUUUGCUGUGCCUUUUCCAGGCAAACGGACGUGUAGCACUGAAGACAUCUUUUGUUUCCUUUCAGAGGAAGACUGUAACACAAUAGGGACACUGGACUUAUGAGGGCUGGACGGAUAACUGGCGCUGUCCGUUCAGCACCACCGCCAGUCUCACCUUGCGCGCAAUGACAACGUAGAAAAACACCCAUGACCCCCUUAAAACCCGAGACGGGGCGUCGGAAUCUUAUUAUUUCGAGGAAGACGGUUUCCAGCUAUCCUUUGGAGUCAUUCAAGGCCAUGUAAUCACUUUGGAUAAAGCGCUUUUGGAUUUCCAUUGUUGAUCUCGAAUGGUGAGAAAGCGUGUUAUUGACAUGCACUUGGAAACAUUGGCUACUAAAACGCACCAGCGACAUAUUGAUCUACUUUUGUAAUACACAUCAUUUGCACUCUUUAUGAACAUUGCAUUGUUUGAUAAGGUCUAGGCACAUGUGUUGCACGGGUCCCAGCGGUACGAUGAUGCCCGGCGUUGGUUGGAGAUAUGACUAGAAGGGGACGCGAUGGGCCAAGGCGACGACAAGGAUCGCAUCGUGAUCAACGUCGGAGGAAUCAAGCACCAGACCUACCGCAGCACCCUGCGCACCCUGCCCGGAACACGGCUCUCCUGGCUGGCGGAGCCCGACGCACCCAACAACUUCGAAUAUGAUGCAAACAUCGGGGAGUUUUUCUUCGACCGUCACCCUGGUGUCUUCGCACACAUCCUCAACUAUUACCGCACGGGCAAGCUGCAUUGUCCGGCGGACGUGUGCGGACCCUUAUACGAGGAGGAACUUGCGUUCUGGGGUAUCGACGAGACGGACGUGGAGCCGUGUUGCUGGAUGACUUAUCGGCGACAUCGGGAAGCCGAGGAGGCUUUGGACAGCUUCGCUGGGGGUGCCCUCGAUCUCGGGCACGAAGACCCGGAGCCUGAUGGGGUGGUAGAGGCAGCCGAGGGUGACGAGGGCGUUGAGAUGACCCGGAGACUGGCGCAAGGCGACUCACCCGACAAAAGAUCUGGGCGUUGGAGCCGAUGGCAGAAGAAGACUUGGGCGCUCUUUGAGGACCCCUAUUCAUCGAAAUAUGCGCGGUGGAUAGCAUUUGCAUCUCUGUUCUUCAUUCUGGUGUCCAUUACCACAUUCUGUCUGGAGACUCAUGAGGCCUUCAACUCCAUCAUUAACCGCACAGAGAACAGAAAGGUUGGCAACGAAACCGUGAAGAGUUUUUUCCUUGAGACACAGACCAUGGUACAGCUAACCUACAUCGAGGGUGUCUGUGUUGUGUGGUUCACUUUUGAGUUUCUCAUUCGAGUGACUACAUGUCCAGACAAACUGAAGUUUGUCAGAAACACCCUCAACAUCAUCGACUUUGUGGCCAUUUUACCCUUCUACCUGGAGGUGGGUCUGAGUGGACUUUCCUCAAAAGCAGCGAAAGAUGUGUUGGGUUUCCUCCGCGUGGUGCGAUUCGUGCGAAUUCUACGUAUCUUCAAGCUAACGCGGCACUUUGUGGGUUUGCGUGUAUUAGGUCACACGCUUCGUGCCAGUACCAACGAAUUCAUCCUUCUUAUAAUUUUCCUUGCUCUUGGAGUCUUAAUCUUUGCGACAAUGAUUUAUUAUGCCGAACGUAUUGGAAGAAACCCCAACGAUCCUAACGCUAGUAACGACACGCACUUCAAGAACAUCCCCAUUGGCUUCUGGUGGGCUGUGGUUACUAUGACGACACUUGGCUAUGGUGAUAUGUACCCUCAGACGACUUCUGGCAUGCUGGUGGGCGCGCUGUGCGCCCUGGCAGGUGUGUUGACUAUUGCCAUGCCCGUACCUGUUAUCGUGAACAACUUCGGCAUGUACUACUCCCUAGCAAUGGCGAAACAAAAACUACCAAAGAAAAAAAAUAAGCAUAUCCCACGAGCACCUCAACUGGGGUCGCCCAACUACUGCAAGUCAGCCAUUAACACUCCACGACCCAGUACGCACAGCGACAUAUGCCCUCUGGAACAGGACGAGGUUUCUGAGGUCAGAUACCAAGUGUGUCGUAAUAGUGUUGGGAGACCAAAAGAGGAUGAUAUAACAUUUACUGAAGCUGGGUCGUGGGUCGGAAAAGCAACGGCAUCACCAGGGUUGGAUUUUAAAGUCAAUGGGGAGGCAUCCAAAGCUGCCCUGGCCAAUGAGGACUGUCCUCACAUCGACCAGGCGGUGUCACCCGAGGAAGUCUUCAGCCCUGUGGACCGCGAGAGACCCUGCUUCCUGCUAACCUCCAGAGCAGAACGAGCCAACCACACAGUGGGGAGAGUCAGGAAGGGUUAUGAAAAGCCAUGGAGCCAUAGCAGCAUGUCUGGAGGCGUGGCCUCAGUGUCGGCCCUGCCCUGCAGCCCGCCCUGUCUCAUGCAGCAGGUCCACUCUCCCAUCCCAUCCAUCCUGUAGCACGGACAACAAAACUAACCAAUCAGAAGCCCUCACUCUGCAGCGCUGCGCUGAGAUGCCUGCUCACACUGUGUAUCAUCCGUCUCUCAUUAAACUAUUGUUCAUUUGACAACUCUUCUCCUCUACUUCCUUUUACUCCUCUCUUCUACUUCCUCUUCUCUUGUCCUUCUUCAUCUUUUAUUAUUCUUCGUCCCUUCUAUCUUUCCUUCCUUCCUCUUUUCUUCUAUUUCCCCUUCUUCUGUCUUUUCCUCUUCCCUUCUUCCUUUCCCUUAUAGUCCCUUCUAUCUUUUCCCCUUCCCUUCUUCCCAUCUACUUCCCCUUCUACUUCCUCCUCCUUUCUCCUUCCUCUUCCUUCUCUUCUGUAUUUUCCCUUCUCUUUCCUUUCCUUUAUAUUUCCUCACGUCUUCUAUCUUUCCCCCAUCCUCUUCCUUCUCUUCUGUUUUUUUUUUGGUGUUCUCUUCUCCUCCUUCCACGUCUACUUCCUCAUCUCUUCUAUCUUUUCCCCUUCCUCUUCCCUUCUACUUCCUCCUUUAUCUUUCCCCUUUUUUCUCUUCUGUCUUUUUCCUGUUCUCUUCUUUCACUUUUACUUCCUCAUCUCUUCUAUCUUCCCCUUCCUUCUCUUCUGUCUUUUUCCUCUUCCCUUCUACUUACUUAUACAUCUAUAUUUCCCCCUACUCUUCUCUUCUCCUUCCUUCUCUUCUAUCUUUUCCUCUUCCUUCUCUUCUUUUCUCUGCCUUUUUCCUUUUCCCAUUUACAUCUUCCUCUUCCUUUCUAUUUCAUCAUUCCUUCUAUCUAUACCCUUUUCUUCUCCAGCUUCUCUUUUACUUCCUCUUCUCUUCUCCACUAUCAUGUUCCUAUGCAGUGGUCACAUCUUCUCCUUCUCAUUCCUCUUGGUCUCAUUUCCUUCCCCCUUUCAAAACCUCUGUGCUUGCAUAGUUUUCCCCUACUCUCUCCUUCAUACCUCCUUCUUUUUUCAAAACACUUGGGUGUUUCUAAGCUGUGGUCUUCAUUAGGUGCUAUUGGACACCAUUUAAAAGAAAAAAGAAGGGAACUAUGAGAAAAUGGCUAUUUCAUAUAGUGUUCAGCAGUAUGAAAACAAAUAUGAGAUAAUUGAGUAACACUAAACAAUCAUGAUUCUCGUGAUGCACUCGUCACCGAUGUAGAAACUUGACUGAAGAAACCUCAUUUCCAUUUGCAUGCCUUGCAUGGGAAACUAUUUGAGAAAAAAAAGUAAUUUGUUUUGAAAAUAUUUCUGAAUUUUCUUUUUCAUCCAAUGCUUCUUAAAUAAAUCUGAUGCUGAGUAUGAUAUCAUUUACAGUGACAGACAAUAUAUGUAGCAUACUACACUGAAAAUGUUUUUAAUUAUUUUUUUGCAGACAUUUUUUGCCUUUCCCCAAACUAUAAUCUCUGGUGUGUUUAAGCACCAUUUAUCUGUUAGUAGCACUGUCAAGUCGACCAUCUGGCUUUUUGACAAACUAAUUAAGAUGCAAAUAGCAAAAAUGCACUUUAACUCUUUCUCAACCAGAGCAGGCAAAUUUAUUCCAAAAAUAUAAUUACUAAUAUAAUAAUAAUAUCAGCUAUAAAUCAUUUUAUUUAACUACAAUCUACGCAUAUUUUCAUAAAUUACAUAUCAAGUGUGGUGUAUCUGAUACAUGUGUGUACAUGCCAUUUUCCAACAUUGCUUUUACACUGUAGCAAAUCACACACACAAAAUCAUAACCACAGAAAAUAUACAACAUGCACAGUAUAAUGUGCAGAAAACGUCUUAAAAAAUAAAUAAAAUAAAUAAUAAUAUAAUUUUGGAAUUACUUGGGGAGAAGUUAAUGCAUGCACUUUUAUGCAAAAAUACGUAUGCGAAUGACAAACUGUAAAUAUGAACCUUGCAUGAAAUAAAUUUUUUAUCCAAUCUGUAUAUAGACUCUGUUUUUCUUUUAAAGAACAUGCAUUCAUAACUCCCCCCUGUUGCUUGGCAAUAUGCUCUGCCUAUAUUGUGAUGUCUCUUUGAUCUUUCACCGCUCUUUAUCGCUGAGUUAUUUUUUCCAUUCUUUUGGACAACCUUGUAUUUAAAGGGAUAGUUUACCCA